AUGACUUCGCAACUACCAACCUUGCUCAACACAAAUUACUUAACCUCAGGACACAGUCGAGGUUUUUUUGAAUUUGUCUCAAGAGUGGCAGAGGCAAAAAGUAAUCAGGAAGAAGAACGAUAUGUUACCGAAGAACUUUACGCUCUAAGGCAAAAAUUAGCACAACCUGAUAUUAAUUUGGACUUGAAUAGUAGAAACCAUCAUGAGAUUUGCGCAGCAUUAGGAGUCAUGAGUCAUGUGGUAGAUCCGGAAAUGAUUCCAGCCAUAUUGAAACCAUUACAAGAGAAAUUGACACAUAAUAUGGAAAUCGUACGCAAAAAAACACUAUUAGUUUUUCACCAUUUUUAUCAAUCUUCGCCUGAUUUAAUCCUUCAUCUUGAGCCACAAUUCUGUGAUAUCUUAAAAUCUCGCGAUCCUGCUGUAUUGGGUGCUGUAUUAUGCUUAUAUGUCGAUUUUGUAAAGGAUAAUCCGAGUCAAUUCAGAGAUUUAGUUCCUAUAUUCAUCAACAUUUUAGAACAAGUUCUGGAUCGUUGGCUUGCUCGAACUUAUGAUUAUCAUGGAAUACCUGCGCCAUGGAUUCAAAUUCAAUUAGUAGAAAUUUUGGGAUUACUCGGUCGAGAUGAUGAGAUAAUAAGUGAGGAAGUGUGUCCGAUCAUUAUUCAAACUCUACGAAAGUCAGAGCAAGGCGUUGAUGCUGCUUAUGCUGUUAUAUUCGAAUGCGUUCGUGCGCUCUCUCGACUUUCUACAUCCACAUUCUCCAAAAUAGCAAAUCAAUCAUCAUCAAUCACCAAUGACAACCCACUAAAUAUAAUCACUCACUUUCUUAAAUCCAAAAAUCUUAAUUUAAAGUAUAUUGGGUUAUUGGCAGUUUCGGAAAUCGAUCCUAAAUGGUGGGUGGAAGGCGAUUGGUGGGGUGAAGAACAGAUGAAUGUAAUUGUUGAGUGUUUGGACGAAAAAGAUGAAACGCUGAAAAGAAAAGUGAUAGUUGAUCGAAUUAUGGAAGCAUUGAAAACUACUUCAUUUUAUGACAAAGACUCGAGUUGGAUAAUCAAUACACUAAUAGCAACAUUUCGUGCAGCCGGCGAUCUCGUUGAUGAGUCGUUAGUGGAUCGUGUGGUUAUGGUGAUCACUAAAAAAGAAGAAGGCUAUGAAACGGUCGCGUGGGAACAAAAUUUGAGAAAAUGUGCAGUAUACGAAUUCUUUAAACUAAUUGAAAGCAAAGAAGUUGUGAAUGGAUUGCCAAAUUCUUUGUUGAUCUUGGCAAUCAAGAUUUUAAGUGAACUAAUAACGUAUACCGAUAAUCAAGAUACUGUCAUCAGUAGAUUAUCUGAUUGCUUACUUGAAGUACACGUUGCAGAAAUCCAAAUCCAAAUUAUGAAUUCCCUACUCAAAUGUAUUUCACUGACGAAGAAAUGUCCAAAAGAUGUUAAAGCUGCUGUAAUAAAAUGUCGCACAAAUACCUCAUUUGAGAUAAAGCAGUGCUGUAAUGAAUUUAUUAUAUUAACAGAUAAUUUGGCAUUACUUGAAAAAAUUGUGAUCAAUAGUACAGUAACUGACAAUUGGAAAAGUCCAUUUAACGAUUCUUUUAUUAUUGACGAUUCUCUCUUGUUUCUUGAUGAUUAUGUAAAAGAAGCAAUUGAAAACGGAGGUAAAUCAUAUAGUCCCGUCCCAAUAAUACGUAAUAGCUCAGAAUCCAGCGCCAAAGAUAAAAAGGCUCGUCUAACUAUUCGAUAUGAAGCAUAUGAUAAACCAACUUUACCCGAUUUCCGUAGAGCAGGAAAGCCUGUUACACGAGUUGAGGACGAAUCUUGGAGAGUCGGUAGCUUAGGAGUCACCCCUGGUCAAUCGGCGUGGAUAGAUGCCGAGAGUCAAUCAACACUCCCUUCAAAAAAUACAGUUUUCUUAUCUGAAUAUGAAGAAAAUAUUACAGAAAGACAAUUUCCUUCGAUACCUACAAAUAAAUCUAUGUUAAUACCUGAUACAAAACUCAGCUCUUCACUUGAUACGUCAUCAAACUCUUCUGCCCAAGAUACUAAAAUAUCCCAGACAAUGACUUUGGUUGAUUCAUCCGACUUGAUGCUUUUAAAUACUGCUAAUGUUCCACAAAAAUGGAGUAGAGCUGGAUAUCAAACCAAUGAACCGAUACAGCCAAAAAAGUUCCAUGAUUCUUUGGAAAAAGAAUCAACCAUUACCACUCCAAAUUUCAAAGAGGAAAGUAAAUUAACAUCUACUCCCACAGUACCGAUCAAAUCUGAAGAUGCCAUGAACCCCAUAUUACGAUCUUCUACCAAGAGAUUGGCAAGUGCAUUGUUUAUUGGAAUUGGUGGUAAGGCUAAAACUGCGAGCAACGUAUCAAUGGCUAGCAACUCGAGUAACUCGGGCGCUAAUGAUCAUUCGAAGGAACCAACAGCAUCUUUGAGCAUACCUCAAAAUCUCAAUCAAACAUUGGCUGUUGCUGCUUCCCAAUUUUCGAUUCCAAGGUCUCCUUUAAUAGGAAUCAGGCGUGAUUAUGACUUUCCAAACCAAUUUCAACAAAAACAAGAGCAGGUCAUACAACAAAAGUCAAUACUGGACAAUCUAACGCCGAUACAAAUGACUAUACCCGAAUUUCGAGAAAGCUGGGGGAAAUUAACGCACGAGAAACAGCAAGAAGUAUCAGGAGCAUUGGUUGUUGAUAAUACGAAUUUAUUGAAACGGCGAUUGGAAGAUGGAAUCGGCGUCUAUAGAGGACAAAAAAACAGGGUGGGAUCCGAUGGAAUAGCAGCUGGUUUCCAUGUUAUUGGAGUAAUUGCUAAUGAAGGGAUUGCUGCAGCAUAUCUCGCUUUGGAGUCAGAAGAAACUAAGCAGUCAUCAAGUGUUUUAGAGUCAGAAGAAACUAAGCAGUCUUCAAGUGUUUUAGAGUCGGAAAAAACUAAGCAAUCUUUAAGUGUAUCGACUGUCAUCAAGGAAGAUUCGUCUUUAGAUACGCCCGAUGAAAAUACUCUCUCAUCAAAUACCACAGAAACCACCUCGGUAGUUGCAAAUUCACCUCCACCUUCGCGAUCUAGAAAGUCCACACUUAGUUAUUUGGUGUUAUUGCACUUUCGAGUGAAAUCGCGUUUCUGUACUUAUAUAGUGCGCUCAAAUGCAGAUAAUAAUGUUGCACAAGAAAUUUCAAGGGCUUUGAAAUGUUAUUUUGUCUUGGAAUAG